AUGAAAGAAGUAUCGUUAGAAAACGAACUGGAACUUAUCUAUGAGUACACGCUGUCAGUGGAAUUCUUAAUAAAAAAGCUGAGUGAUUAUAUCAAGAGGAAACACACGCAGAAAAAAAUAGUCGAAAGGAGGGACCUCCUGAACAAAUUUGUUCUUAAGUAUCUAAAUAAAAAUGUCCCAUCGAAGUUAUCUCAUCAUAUGCGAUAUGCCAAGAAUAAUAAAUUUUAUGAACAGAUUUUUCUAUGCGCCUUUUACCAUGUCAUUGGAAAGUUGGUGCAGCGCGACCCGCUGUUCGGUUUGCAGGAGGGGUCCAACGGAAGUGACGGUUACAGGUUGAACGGAGGGCAGCCCAAAUGUACAGAAAAGGCAAAUGUAUAUGUAACCACGAAUGAAGAGAUGGGAAGGAAAGAGGAAGUGUCGAAGAAGGCGCUUGAAUACAUAACAAGGGAGAAUCUUCCGUAUCACAAAUUAAGUGACGGACUUUUAAUUCUCCAUUCGACUUAUGAGCAAAUAUGCGACGUCAUUUAUGCCUUCAGCGUUAUAUGCUAUGUAUACGAGUUCCACUCGUUUUUCAGAAUCAAAAAUGUAAAGAUUGCAAAAAGUGACAAGUGCGCCUUUGGUUUCUUCAGCUGGAUUUAUGACAUUAAGUUGUUCGUUUUGAAGAAUUUGAAACUGCGAGAGGCGCGUACAGGUGGACCAAAUGGCCAACCUGGUAGGACUGGCCAAAGUGACAGAAGUGAUGAAUACCAUUCGGCGCAAGGGGAUAGUCCCGAUGUAGCCCGGAACAACGUGGCAAUCUGCGAAAAUGGCCACGAAGACCACUUUGAAAGUGGAAGCAGUGGCAAUGCGGAUUUUAUAAGAAGCAGAGAGGUUGUAGGCAACAAGUUUGUGAAGAUGUGUGUAGAGCAGAACCAUCCGCAGGAGAAUUCCCCCCAGAUGGGAAGCACAAUCGUCCAAAUAGAAAACCCAAUUAUUGAUGAAGAAUUUUUUAAUUUCAUGCUAAACAGGGGAAAACAUAUUGAGAGGAUUUUCUUCGGCCAUCCAGACGAGGUGCAAAAUUGUUAUGCUGGGAUGAAUGGCGAAGGAGUUUUAAGUAACCAUUUGGGAAGAGGCACGAACAUAGGGGGGAAAUAUAACCAAGAUGAUGGGAGAAGUAAUUAUCCAAACGGUACUCCUGAUAGGGAUAGGUAUGUACUGUCAUAUGGAAUGAACAACGGAGUUGGACCUUCAUUUGGUUCACUUCACGGGGGAAAUGCUGACGUAGGAAGGUAUGCCCAAUUGAGGAGUGAUACGAGUAAGUUGUUGGGUUAUACUGGCGCAUAUGCUUGGAAGGUAAAAAAUUACAACGAAGUGAAGUCGCAUUUUGAACAGCUAUACAAUAGGAUGAAGAACGUGAAGACGUGCAAAUUUUAUAUACCCCUCUGCCUGUACGUAAAUUACACAUUUGAUUUUUAUCACUUGAGCACAAAAAGGAAAACUUGGAAAAUUAUAAAUUUCAGUUUAUGUUUUGAUGAAGGAGCGUAUGACUCUACCAAGGUUAACAAAAAUUGCAAUGGAAACCAUGUGAACAGUUUUUUUUCCAACUGGAGUAGACACCCGGAGGAGCAUGUGAAUAAGAGGAGCUGCGUUUCCUUUCAUAUGGGUGGCCUGGUCGAAUUCAUUAACCAAAAUAACAAUUUGAAAAAGGGGCACAUAAUGGCUGCGCUUAGGAAAUUUAUCGAUUGCGAAUUGCUCGGUGGAAAUACUUCGCCUUCCCUGGAGGAAAGCGAAGAGGAAGAAAAAAAAAAUAAAAGUGAUGCAGCAGAAUGUGAUCAAUAUGUUAAGAUGUUUUACACACCCAGUGGAGUGUUUGGACAGGAGGGAGAAGUUGGAAGGAGGGAACCCGACUGUAAAAACAACACCAACAGUGUAUCAAUCGAUGAGCAUUUUACUUAUAACCAUGUGAGUGAAGAAAUGGAGCAAGUCCAACCGUGUGGAGGGCAAAAUAACUACCGACGGAACGGCAAAACAAUGGAUGGUCAGCAAAAAAAAUGCCAAAGGGGAAGAAAAAAAGAUGCGCAAAUUGGUCCAUUUCAACGGGGAAGGAACCCAAAUCAUGUCAUUAUAGGGAUAAACGAAUUCGUUAGUGAAUAUCUUUAUAUGUUCAUUUCGUAUGUCUGCUUAAAUGUAACAAAAAUUGCCAUCUUCCUAAUCGAGAGGUAUAAGAUGACCAUACCGAACAGGUACCUAGAUCUGACCUCCUACCUUUUUAUAUGCCAAGCGAAUAAGCUGAAUUCAAACAUUCUACAUUUUAUUAACAAGUACAAAAUUUACCGUUAUCUUUUUCGAAAUGAUAUUUCCAAGAGGGACUUGAAGGAGAAUUAUUUUAUUUACAAAAAAAUCAAGUGUAGUGAAAUGGGGAGAAGGCACAACGAUCUCUACUUGAAAUUUUUGGAAGACAUUGAAACUGAACAUUAUUUGGCUACCUCUGCAAAUGCGAACGGUAACAGGGGGAUAAAUAAUUACUCGGUGCGUCUCCAUAAAGGGAAUCCUCUUGGGGGAAAUUUGGACACUGGCCACACUUAUGAUACUGGAAAUGGGGGCAGAGACGCGGGCGUCACGAGCAGUAGUAACAGUGGUACCAGUAGGGGAAGCCAAAGCGGAAGUAACAGUGACGGCAACAAAAGUAGAAGCAGCAAAGUGUACUCCACGUCGAACCAUUACAGGAAUAGCCACAACGAACAUAUUAAUUACGCCGUGUCGACUAAAAAUGAAAACAUGCAAGGUGGUAAUAAAAAUGUUUUGGUAGUGCCAGAGAAACACAGUAGGCAGUCAAGGGAAAUGGUGGGAAUGGUGUUACCAGGAAGUAGCCACUCCGCUGUAAACAACCCGAAUGAGGAAAUGAUAUCCGAUGUAACAACUUCCAUUUUGUUCCCAUCUGAUGGGGGGAGCGCAAAAGGGGGUGCUGGACAGAUCGGGGGGUUUCCCUGUGGAGGUACCAACAGGGAGCAUCCCUUCCAUGGGGGCGCAACCCAACAAGGCGACCAAGCAGAAAACAAAAGAAUCGAAGAGGUAGUCCAUUCCCCAAACUUCAACCACAUUAGCAACACGAAAUAUUACGCGGAUCUUACGUACAACAAUUGCGAAGGUGAACAGUACUACUACGCGGUUGGUAGCAAUAACAUGUGUAAGAGGGAGGAUGCACAGAAUAGGGUGAAAAUGUGUUAUUCGGAGGGGUGCAAGGAGGAGAAGCUGAUGGAGCCAUCAAAUUGGCAAGACAAGAAUGGCGAUGCUUUUGCAAAUGAAAUGUUUAACGUAGCAGGGAAUUGGCACCAUGGCAUUGGUGCGGGGGAGAAAGAAUGUAUAGUUAGCAGUUCCCCGAGUAGCGCACCACUAAACCCCGCAUAUGUCAGAAGCAUAAACUUCCUAAACCGUGAGGCGUACCCAAUCAAAUUGAACGUGCCGUACAGCCUGAACCUGAGUGAUAUCCUAAAGAGCGACGUGCGUAUUUCACACUUGGUCGAAAGUUGCAGGGGAAACAGAACGCUAGAGCUAGAACUGAUCAAGCAGCAGCUAAAAAACGGAAACGUAAAGUACGCAAUAAAAUUACUAAAAAUGUUCAAUUAUGAGUUGCUACAAUUUCCAAACCUAUUCUACUACUUGAAUUAUAAGUCUUACAAUUAUCUGGUGAACACCUUCGACAGGAGGUACAUAAUUUACUACCUGUAUGACAACCCUAAGUAUUUGAAAAUGUAUUUUAGUGCUCUAUUGAAGAAGAAGAAUUUGGAGGCGUGUCUCCUGGCUGUAUACUUUUUGUACCCCCUGUAUAUUUCCUCCGAAGAUGUGGACUUUCGAAUGUUUUAUUUUUUGUUUUUCAAACCGAGGAAGAUGAAGAAGGCGAAUUACAACAGCAACAUUGUGCAUAACGAGCCGUACCUGAGGCAGUACGAAAAUGAGUACAGAAAUGCAGAUCGUGACGCAGGAAGGAACAGCGGUAGUGCGCUUCCCAAUUGUGAUGGAAAUGCCUACGAAAAUGGGGCCGAAAUUGCUGCUGCAGGUAGUAACCCGUUGUGCAGUCAGAACUACAACGCUAUAUACUCCUUCCUGAAGAAUGAAUGCGUAAUUAUUAAUGACCUGAACUUUUGUUUCAAAAAUGAGGAAGUCAUGCCGUUUGAUAGCGUCACGAGGAAGGUGUACAAAUUGACAGACCUGUGUAAAUAUUUCGACAUAUUUGAAAAGUUAAAAAAAAUUAACACGGAAAUUAUUAGGAACUCUUUUGAUUAUCUGAUUAGGAGAAAUGGGAAGUGUUCUUGUACGAAGAAUUUUAUUUGCAUAAAAGACUUAGGGUCAUCUUUGAAAGUAGUAAAAGUUUUAGAAACGUUUCAAGAUUUCUUUACCCUUUAUGAACACAUAAAGAAAAAGGAGAGAGUCAUAUUUAUCGACGCGGAAUGGAAGUGCACUAUAUUUCGUGAGAAUGCCAUCGUUUCCAUUUUUCAAGUGGCUUUAAAGGAUACCCCCGUGUCGUACAUAAUUGACUUGAAAAAAAUUGCAGUAGAAAAUUACGAAAUAAAUUACUACAUUUCGGACCUUUUUCGCGAUCCAAAUAUUAUCAAAGUUGGAGUGGCCUUUUUAAGCAAUGACAUGUUGCAUUUUAGAAAGUACUACGACAUUGUUACUAUGUUGAAAUGGGAAAAGUAUCACAGCAUAUUGGUGGACAGUACUGAUAAGGGGGAAGAACAUACCGACUUGGGGAAUACAUACCAAUUCCCUUCAGGAAAGGAUCAAAUGACUAGCAACAGCACGAGUGAUUGGGAUGUGUUGCUAAGGCGGGCCAUGAAGAGCGUCUACGAGAGUGAUAACCCAAGUGCAAGCGCAAAUCAUUGUGGGAUCCAUCUGAACGAAGGGGAGCAGGGCCAACACAUCAACAGGAGUGAGCCUCAUUCUACAGAUAACCGAAGGAAAGAACAAGAUGGAAAAGAAAACGCCAUUCUCAGUAACGACAUAAGUUAUAAGAAUAUCUUUCCUGUUAAUUAUUUUGUAAAGUACAAAAAUAAUGACGCACUGAUAGAUAAGCAUUUGAACUCAAAGUGCAGUGGCUGUGGGAAGGUUGGAAUAUACAGUUGCAUACACAAGUACUACGACUUGGAGUUUAUUUAUUUGAAAUAUUAUGAACAGCUGAAGGGGUACUUUCCCCACCUACGAAAGAACAUGAGUUACUCUGUCAAAAUGUUCGGGAAAGCUUUAUGUCCGGAGAAAGAAGUUAACAAGGAGUGCCAGAUCAUGAACUGGAACUUCAGGCCCCUCUCCUCCGUCAGUGUAGAGUAUGCCAUACUGGACGUCCUCAUUUUGAAGAACUUUUUUAAUUUAAUUCAGUCCAAGUUGUCAUUCAGCAUCGAGCAGGCCCUCUAA